CUAAAAAGUUCAUUUUAUUAUGCAUCAAAAGGAAGUGGUUCUGCAUUUCAUGGUUCUUCGGCAGCACAUCUGCACGAAUUAUUGCCGAAAAUCAGUCAGAGGAAACUCUACAUGGGAGACAGGGGGUAGCACAUGUAUCCAAUUCCAUGGUGGCCACAUGGCAACAGCUAAGCUAGACAAAGGCCCAUGAAGAGAAAACCCAAUCCCCUUUUCUCUCUCUCUCUAUUUAGGGAAUUAGGGUUUUGGAGGUUUUCAGCAAUGGCGUCGUGGGAGCAUUUCGGGGAGAUAGCUAAUGUUCUGCAACUGUCGGGGCUGAACGCGGUGGCGCUGAUUGGGUUGAUUGUGAAGGCGGCGAACACGGCGAGGAUGCACAAGAAGAACUGCCGGCAGUUCGCGCAGCACGUGAAGCUGAUUGGGAAUUUGCUGGAGCAGCUGAGGAUAUCGGAGCUGAAGAAGUAUCCGGAGAGUAGGGAGCCAUUGGAGCAGCUGGAGGAAGCUUUGAGGAGGGCUUAUGUGCUGGUGAACAGUUGCCAGGAACGGAGCUAUUUGUACCUGAUGGCGAUGGGGUGGAACAUUGUGUACCAGUUUAGGCGGGCGCAGGAGGAGAUCGAUCGGUAUCUGAGGAUUAUUCCGUUGAUUACGCUCCUGGAUAAUGCCAGGGUCAAGGGAAGGUUAGAAGAAAUUCAGCGGGAUCAGCGAGAGUACACACUAGACGAAGAAGAUCGAAAAAUGCAAGUUGCACUUUCUGAAAAUGACACCAUAAUCUUAAAGAAAAGUCUUUCAUGCUCAUACCCAAAUUUACCAUUCAACGAGGCACUAAAGAAAGAGCGCGACAAGCUUCAAGUGGAGCUGCAACGAUCACAAUCAAACAUGGACGUGGAUCAAUGCAAAGUAAUCGAGCGUCUUAUGGAAGUUACUGAGAACGCUUCCAUCCCGGAGAAAGAUUCGCCACCAAAUCCGGAAACAAAGCAUUUUUCUGGUGAGGAAACUGCUAGAAAAAUUGAUACUUCAACAAGCUCCAGUUAUGCAAACAGAGAAAUUACAACGUACUCAGGUCAUAAUAUGGAAGAAAAUUGGGAUCGAUCAUGGCGAGAUGAAUGGCAUGCGGAUUUGCUCGGCUGUUGCUCUGAACCCCUCUUGUGUGCAAAGACGAUCUUUUGUCCUUGUGAUACAUUUUCGAAGAUAGCAACCGUGGCUACCGGGAAGCAUAUAUCUUCGGCGCAGGCGUGUAAUGAUAUAAUGGCGUAUUCUCUGAUAUUGUCGUGCUGUUGCUACACCUGCUGUAUUCGAAGAAAACUCCGACGAACUCUCAACAUCCAGGGCGGCUGGCUCGAUGAUUUUUUAUCGCAUGUAAUGUGUUGCUGCUGCGCACUCAUCCAGGAAUGGAGGGAAGUCGAGAUACGCGGCUCACAAAAGGUCAGGACAAGCCCUCCUGCGUACCAAGAAAUGGAUUAGUGAGUGAUUCUUGAGAAGCCAUGAAAGAAGAAGCUUUAGACAAGAAGAGACACUGGAAGACAAUUUGUUGUUGUUAAAAAAUGAUUAAUAUUUGGAGAAAAAAUCAUUAAUAUUUUUACUUUAUUAUUAUUGUUGUUGUUGUUAGAAAUGUAAUGAUAUUAUUAUUGCACAUUGUAUUUUGGGAAAAAUGAAAUAAAUUGGAAGGGGAAGCCAAGGGGUAAGGGCAGUUUUGGUAAUAUGGAAGGUAGAAGGGUAAAAUUGUCUUUUUUGAGGGUGUGGCGGAAGUGGAAGGGGCGUGGCGCUAGCAUUUGGAGAAACAAUAAAGCUGAUCCAAUCUUGGUAACGUCGGCUACAACACUUAGGUUCAAAACGAUGUCGUCGAGCGCCGGAAGCAAGAAGAUAACGCUGCGCAGCUCCGAUGGGGAGGUUUUCGAGGUGGAGGAGGCGGUGGCCCUCGAGUCGCAGACGAUCAAGCACAUGAUCGAGGAUGAUUGCGCCGAUAACGUUAUUCCUCUCCCCAACGUCACCGGGAAAAUCCUCUCCAAGGUCAUCGAGUACUGCAAGCGCCACGUCGAUGCCGCCGCCGCCGCCGCCUCUGCCGCCAAGG